GUCAUCCUGUGGGACUGACGUUAAGAGUAGUCACUGUACCACACAAACACUUUUAAUAAAGCGCCCCUUGUUUAGGUGGGCGGUGAGUUGGAUGCGUGAACAUGGAAAGCAAAGGACUGAGGUAUGCUGCUGUAGCAGUGUGUAAAUUUAACUGGGAACACUGCCUGGAGAGCUGAAUAAUGACUGGACUAGGCUACACGCGAAAUCAGAUCACCAAUUUCUUCAAAAAUAGUUGAAGAAAGAAGUAACUAGGGUACUAAAGUCGGGAGGAAGUCGAUCCAAAUGUUGUGUCCACAAACUUUUUAGAACUUUUCCUAUCUUUAAGAAUGAAAAACUGCGCUGCACAAAAGGUCCAUUGAUUACAGGACAAGGACCGCUCCCCUGCCACUCUACUAAGAAGGUGUCGCAUCGCCAUGACAGAGACGGACACGGCUCCUUCGGCCGCGAACAAGGCUGCCCUGACCUCGGGCUCAGGGGACGGAGGAGGAAGUGGGGAGGGACAGCCUGAUGCCGAUGGUACCUGUCCUGAUCUGUCGGCACUGGCCGACCUGUUUGAGAGUGAGGAGGGCUCCCAGUCACCUCAGGACCCGGCUCCGGACGUCGACCGGCCAGGCCAGCUGCAGCCAGGGGACAGCCGACAAAACCUCCGCAUGAAGUUCCAUGGUGCCUUUAAGAAGGGCAUCUCUAACCCCAUGGACCUGCUGGAGUCGACCAUCUACGAGUCACCCGUGGCGCCCGGCCCCAAGAAAGCCCCCAUGGACUCUCUCUUUGAUUAUGGUACCUAUAGGCACACCAACAACAAGAAGCCACGCAGGAAGAAGCUCCCACGAGGUAAGACUGAGACGUCCUGCAAUGAAAGUCUGGACCCUCCCGGCUUGGACCCACCCAAGGUGUUGAAGGUGUUUAACCGCAUGCUGCUCUUCGAUGGCGUGUCACGGGCCGACCCAGAGGCCCUCUCCGGCCUGCUGGAGUACCUACAGGGUCACGAAAAGAGGCUCACCGACGAGGAGUUCAAAGAACCUUCUACAGGGAAGACAUGCCUACCCAAAGCCCUUCUGAACCUGUACAGUGGUCAGAAUGACACCAUUCCUAUGCUGAUGGACAUCGCAGAGCAGACAGUCAACCUCCAUGAGUUCAUCAACACGCCCUUCAGAGACGUCUACUACAGAGGCCAGACGGCGCUCCACAUCGCCAUUGAGAGGCGCUGUAAGCAGUACGUGGAGCUGCUGGUGGAGAAAGGGGCAGAUGUUCACGCCCAGGCCCGCGGACGCUUCUUCCAACCCAGGGACGAGGGGGGCUACUUCUACUUUGGCGAGCUGCCUCUGUCGCUGGCAGCGUGCACAAACCAGCCGAACAUGGUGCACUACUUGACCGAGAACGCCCAUAAGAAGGCUGACCUUCGACGGCAGGACUCGCGCGGCAACACAGUGCUACACGCCCUGGUGCACAUCGCCGACAACACCCGGGACAACACCCGUUUCCUCACCAAGAUGUACGACCUGCUGCUGACCAAGUGUGCCAAACUCUACCCAGAAUGCAGCCUGGAGGACGUUCUCAACAACGACGGCAUGUCGCCCCUUAUGAUGGCAGCAAAGCUGGGAAAAAUUGGGGUUUUCCAGCACAUAAUUCGCAGGGAGAUCAAGGACGAGGAAGCGCGUCACCUCUCACGGAAGUUCAAGGACUGGGCGUACGGCCCCGUGUACUCCUCCCUGUACGACCUCUCCUCACUGGACACCUGUGGAGAGGAGGUGUCCGUGCUGGAGAUCCUGGUCUACAACAGCCGCAUCGAGAAUCGCCAUGAGAUGCUGGCUGUGGAGCCCAUCAACGAGCUGUUGAGGGCCAAGUGGCAGAAGUUUGCUGCCGUCACCUUCUACAUCAGUGUUGUCUCCUACCUGGUGACCAUGAUCAUCUUCACCCUGGUGGCCUACUACCGCCCAUCCCAGGGAAUGCCUCCGUACCCUUACACCACCUCCACAGACUAUCUGCGUCUGGGAGGGGAGUUUAUCACCUUGGGCUCCGGAGUCUUCUUCUUUCUCACCAACAUUAAGGACCUCUUCCUGAAGAAAUGCCCCGGGGUGAACUCUCUAUUUGUCGACGGCUCCUUUCAACUGCUCUACUUCAUCUACUCUGUGCUGGUGAUAGUGACUGCGGCCCUCUACCUGUCGGGUAUCGAGGCCUAUGUGUCUGUGAUGGUGUUUGCACUGGUCCUGGGCUGGAUGAACACUUUAUACUUCACCAGAGGCCUGAAGCUCACCGGCACCUACAGCAUCAUGAUACAGAAGAUUCUCUUCAAAGACCUGUUCCGGUUUCUGCUGGUCUACGUGCUCUUCAUGAUUGGAUACUCGUCAGCUCUGGUGUCCCUCCUGGCGGUGUGCCCCGGGCCUGACGAGGUGUGUCCGGAGGAAGGCGGCUGCCCCACCUACCCCCAGUGCCGGGACACGGACACCUUCAGCAACUUCCUGCUGGACCUGUUCAAGCUGACCAUCGGAAUGGGUGAUCUGGACAUGGUCAGCAGCGCCCAGUACCCAGCUGUCUUCCUCAUCCUGCUGGUCACCUACAUCAUCCUCACCUUCGUGCUGCUGCUCAACAUGUUGAUCGCUCUGAUGGGAGAGACGGUGAGCCAGGUGUCCAAGGAGAGCAAGAAGAUCUGGAAGCUGCAGUGGGCUACGACAAUCCUGGACAUCGAGCGCUCCUUCCCUGUGUGUCUGCGGAAGUCCUUCCGGUCCGGGGAGAUGGUGACAGUGGGGAAGAACUGGGACGGUACCCCUGACCACCGCUGGUGCUUCAGGGUGGACGAGGUCAACUGGUGCCACUGGAAUCAGAACCUGGCCAUAAUCAACGAAGACCCGGGAAAGAACAUAACAGAGACCCAGCAAUGCUCUGGUACAGUGCAUCAAACCGUCCGUGGCCUAAGGAGAGAUCGCUGGUCCACGGUGGUGCCACGGGUUGUGGAGCAGAAUAAAGGGCCACGACCACGAGACCUAGUACUGGAGAUGGAGCCACUGACCCCCAGACACAGACCCUGUGCAGAGGGCUAAAGCCCAGCUAGGGCUAUGGCCCAAGCUCUGGGGGCCUCCAGGAGCCCGGGUCCUUAAGAACACCCUACAGAUCGGCAGUACUCAGACUGACAAAGAAGAGUUGGGCCACAAAGUUUGCCACUUUGCACAAAACUCUGUUGGCAUGAGAUUAGAACCAAAGAUAUGUACAAAGUAUUAUAAGACAAUAGAAAGGAUUUAGAAAAUAUAGGAAUGUAGUGUAUGGUCAAAGGAAACCAUUCAUUUGUUUAUCAAAAGCUUUUUUAUGAAACUAGUUGUGAAUGGUGGUCAUACCUCUGAUUAUAAGUAUCCUCUACCGUGGUGGUUUUAACCCAGGAGGAAGGACCCUCGAAAAGCUGUUACCUGACAGAAUGCCAUGGCUUCAACUUUCAACAUAUCCAAAUGUGUGUUUUCAAGAGUUGACCAUAGAUGAGACGUAUGUCGAUGUGAUCUACUGGGAGACUGCUGAUGAAAGCAUAUUGUACCUCUGUAUUUAAGAAACCUUGCUCAGGGAGUUCAAGAAGGCCAACAAUAUUUAUUAUAUUCUUACACAUAUCGUUGUUGUUUUUAGUAUCUGGAAAAAGGACUGAGAGGAACUGAUUUAAAGUUCAAACAACCAUUUUGGGAUGGGGUGUUCAAGCACAAUAUGUACUGUAUGUAUGUAGCUAUGUACUAAAUGACAAAAAAAAAUAACGCUAGCUUUAUAUGGCCCACUGUUUAUCAUUUCCAUCAGUCUAGUCCUGUUGAUAGUCCGAAGCACAGGGCCCUAAUUUUAUUAUUCAUGCUUGGAUAGGAUUGCUUUGAUCAUAACUGCAAUUUUUACUUGUUUUAUGAAGUGUGUAUAUCAUUGCAAAGCAUAUCGAAAAACAAACAAACACUGAAUUGAUUUGUUGAGAGGAAGAUAUAUUCUCCCCAACUGUAUUUACGUGGAUGUGGAUUUUCUUAAGCUUUGGGUGUUAUACCAAAAUGAAAAUAUGCCUUCAAUUAUAACUGAAACAUUUGCUACUGAUCCAACAUCACCCAGGGAAUGGUGUUGAAGAUGUAAGCUGUUUUUCCAUCAAGUUUGGUUGAGGCAUUUUGAUUCAUAAUGGACAUUAGCUUCCUGUGUUUCAAAAUGUUUUUAUUUUCUUUUAUACAAUUCCUAAUAAAUUUUGCGACAACGUUAA